GAGUAUAAGUUCAUGUCCAGAGCAGUAGAGUUGGUAAAGCAAUACGCUUCUACUGGGCGUAUUAAGGUCCCGCAGCCUGGGGAUACCGUCCAUAAUGACAGUUGUGUGCUGUCUAUGGAUACACCAUUGUAUCCUGUAGAGGGUCUGUAUGUAUCGUUGGAGGAAGGUUGGAAGGGGUAUGGUAGGCCUUUUCUCGAUGUUGAUAUCAAUAACCACGACAUAAGCAGCGCAUCAGGAGCUGUGGUGUACUUACAUAUCACCACUAAAUUGAGUCUAAAAAAGAAGGAUGAUGACGAGGAGAAAGAGCCGACCAAGUUGGCUAUAGGGGUCCAAGGGGGAUUUGAUGGUGGCAAGGAUUAUGAGGAGGAAAAAGAUUAUCGAAUUGCAGUAGUCCCCUAUUGUAAUGGGAAGGUGGAUACUGAGUGGUUGUAUCUGUCCCUGGACGACCUGUCCGACCUACCCGAGAUCGUGGCUGAGGCUGUUCUUGCUAUUAUCGAUCAUAAGGGUGCCGAGGAUGAUGCCGCUGUGAUGGCUUGGGAGGCGGGGGAGGAGGAGCGGCCUGUUAGCAAGUAUGCGGCUGAGCUAGCUCAGGAGGUGCCGGUGAAGAGGAUAAGCCCUAACUCGGCUGAUUGGUAUUGUGAGAAGUCUGGGGAUAGGGAGAAUCUUUGGUUGAAUCUCUCUGAUGGAUAUAUAGGUGGCGGUAGGCGUAAUUGGGACGGUAGUGGUGGUAGCAAUGGGGCAUUAGAGCAUUAUCUUGAGAUGAAGGAUCAGGGCAAGAUGUACCCUUUGGUGGUUAAAUUGGGUACUAUCACGCCUAAGGGAGUGGCUGAUGUAUUCUCCUAUGCUGAGGAUGAGGAUACUAUGGUCAGUGAUCCGAAGCUGGCACAGCAUCUGGAGCAUUGGGGGAUCGACGUGAUGAAGAUGUCUAAAACGGAUAAGUCUAUGGCCGAGAUGGAGGUUGAACUCAACAAGGAGUUUGCCUUUGAUCGGAUUACUGAGGCUGGCAAGGAAUUGGAUAGAGUGCGAGGCCCGGGUUUGGUGGGGCUUCGGAAUCUCGGGAAUAGCUGUUAUAUUAAUAGCUUCUUGCAGCUGAUAUUUAGUGGCAGUGUGGAGGCUUUGAAGAGGAGGUAUGUGGAUGAGAAUGGUGUGUUGAGGAGGAGGAGCCCACAGAGAACUGUGUUGGAAGUGGCUAAGCUGACCAACGCCCUCAAUGGGACGAGGUACUGUCCUCCGAUACCACAGGGAGAGGAGGAAAGGAAGUUGGACCCUUUUAAUGGUAUGUUGGCACCAGUUAGUCUACGGAAGCACUUUGGCAAGGGUCAUCCCGACUUCUCGACCUCAUCACAGCAGGAUGCAGCGGAAUAUCUGCUUUAUUUCCUGGACAAGUUGGAUCGAGCGGAACAAGCUUCAACAAGCUCGGCAUCCUUCCAUGAUGGCUUGACUCUGAGUAGUGAUGAAUUUGGUUAUGUUAUAGAGGACCGGUUAGAGUGUACUAAAUCUGGGACUGUGAGGUACUCAAGACGGCGGGAGAAUCUAUUCCCCUUGGUAGUGAGCAUGGAUGAUGCUGUUGGGGAGGCUAAGAGGCUGAAGACUGAUGAUGAUAAAGAGGAGGAGGAAGGGUCGUCGCCGCCUCCAGUGGUGCCCUUUGAGGCCUGUUUGAAGAGGACCAUGGCCCCUGCUAAUGUGGAGGGUUUCCGCAGCCCGGCUUUGGUAGUAGCUGGGUUAUGGUUGAAGAACUUCACUUUCGUCACGAUGCCGCAGUACUUGGUGGUACAAGUGUCGAGAUAUUAUGUGGAUCCAUCAUGGCAGUUGGCUAAGCUCAACUGUUCGGUACCUAUGCCGAUGGAGUUGAACAUGGAGCGGUAUCAUAAUAAGAGCCCAGGCAUGCAACCAGGCGAGAAGCCCAUGCCCGAUUCGAACCCGGGCCCGACAGCUACUACUACUACAGUGGUAGAGGCUGAUGAGGAGAUAGUGGUAAUGCUGAUGUCCAUGGGAUUUGAUAUGGACCAGUCUAAGAGGGCAUGCUUAAAGGUUGGCAAUAGUUCCGCCGACGCUGCCGCCUCAUGGUUGAUGGAGCAUAUGGAUGAUCCACCUACUCCUACUAAUGCUGAGGGAGAGGCCACUACUAUAGAGGACAAUGCAGAUGCUGUGGUUAUGCUUACCUCGAUGGGCUUCAGUGAUAGGCAGGCUAAGGCGGCUCUUAAGGCUACUAGUAACAAUGUGGAAAGAG